AUGACGUCACAUCGCUUUCCCGCUCAAUUCACUUCACGAGAAACAACACCCAGAAGACGUCAUUUUUUUUUUUUUGCUUUCCCAAAUUUCAAGAAAAACUCAUUUUAUUCAAGUGAAAUUGAAACGAAAUCAAAUAUUUCAUUUUUCUUGAACGAAAUCCAAAAAUGGCUUCGGAUUGAAUGGACGAAGAAAUCGAUUGAACAAUUAUCAACCGUUUGCGAAGAGAAUUGCACCAAAGUCAGGCGGGAAUUUGAUAAAUUUCGGGAAGAGACAAGGCUGAAGGCCGAAGAAUUGUGCGACCAAAUGAAAGAAAAGACGAGCGAAAAAGAAAGGAAAUGGCGCCAAUCCAUCGAAGAGAAAGAAAGACUUUCAUUAAGCGACGACGACGAAGAAAUUUUUUCUGGUGUCCGGUCUCUGGGAGCGGAGUUUUCAGGGCGGCUCUACGAAUCGUUCCCUCCUGUUGAGGAAGGUCAUUUUGUGGUGACCUUUCCAGAAUGGUGCCAACGAUCCUUGGAACAACUUGAAGAAGAAAUCGUCGACUUUAAGGUAAAGACAUGGCAUCCAAGAGAAUUGGAACUUGAAAGCGAAUUCCGCCUUCGGGGUUCGAACCUGGGGUGGAUUCGGUCGAUUACCGCCAGCGACAUAGACGGUCACGUGUUUGUUGUCGAUUGGGGCGACAAAUCGAUCAAGGAAUUCGGCGAGACUGGGGAAUUCGUCGGCCGAUACUCUCCUCCUCCUCCCGCUUCUAAAUUUCAUUCCUCCCCCUCCCUUAAACUGUUUUUCUCCCUUUCUUUUCUCCACCCCCGACUUUUUCCCUCUCUCUAUAUUUGCUUAUGUUUUUCAAUGCCAUCCAAUUUCUGUUUUCUCUCCCCUUCAUUGUUUUUAUCUUUUCUUGAUUUUCUCUCUCCACCUACUCUCUCUGUUUCUCUCUCUCUCUCUCUCCUCUCUCUCUUUUUCGAUAUCAGAAGAAAAGCAACAAAUUGGAAACUGAAUUCUUAA